ACAUAUAACAUGUCCAUUCGUCUUUUCGUGGCAGUAGUUGCAGCACUUUGUACUUGCAAUGGAGAAUUACUCUCAAUCCAACAAAAUAAAUUGGAUAUAAUAAACGACCAAACAAGCGCAGAUAUUCUUAAUUAUAUCGUCGAUGAGAUUAAAGACACGGCAGAUGAGGAGCAGAUUCUAACACAAUCAUGUGAAACUAAAGUUAACGGAACAAUAAAGGCAUGUGAUGAAUGUCAUGGCAAUAUUUGUGCACAGGAUCCGGAAAUACCUAGACCAGACAUAGGAAAGUUACUAACAGUGAUCAAACCUGUUCCAGAAAUAGCUAAGUUCAUUGGUAAAAUUGGUAAGAAAGUGGGAAAGGAAGCUGCUAGAUUUGGAAAGAAAAUAGGAAAGUUUUUUAAAAAAAUUGGAGGAGGAGUUGGACGUACCAUAAAAAAAGUUGGAGGAGUUCUAAAUAAGGUUAAAGGUGGGAUUAAGAAAAUCGGAUCAAAAAUAGGAAGUCAUGUUAAAAGAUUAGGAAAGGGAGUCGCAAAAAUUGGCAGGAAUAUUGGACGAGGUGUUGGCAGAAUCGGCAAAAAUAUUGUACGAGGGGUUGGCAGAAUUGGAAAGAAAAUUGGACGAGGUGUUGGCAGAUUUGGUAAAAAUAUUGGACGAGGUUUGGGCAGAUUUGGCAAGAAAGUUGGACACGGUAUCAAGAGAACUGGCAAAAAGAUUUGGGGUGGAAUUAAAAAACUUUUUGGAAAACGAUCCACAAGACAUUUGAUUGCAAAACGAUGUGUACACAGUUGUCCAGUUUGUAAUGUACUUGAUACAAAUAAGAACACCGAAGAACAAAUAGUUGGAAAAAUAUGUGGGUCAAGUUUUGUUUCAAGACAGAAACAGAUAUUUGACAAAGUGCGAGGUUUAGAAGACACAUACAACUACAUUAUUGAUAAACCUGUAGUUACAAAGGUGGAAUAUGAAACUAGCAGUAUUGUUGUUGUUGGCGGGAAAAUGGCCUUCAAGAAAUCCUUUAUUACAUUCCAAACGGACAAAAUCAAGAAACGAUUUCAACUUUCCGGACUAUUUCAAUUCUCUAACAUAGAUGACAUGGCCAUAAAAAUAUCAAAAGACGUAUUAGCUAAAAUGUUCUAGAGUUACUACAUAGACCAAUUAGUCAAUAGUCCAUUUGCCCAUUACCGAUUUGAUUCUGUUAUUACACAAUUUUUUAACAAAUUACUUUCGGAAUCCCUUUGUCAAUCGAAGACUAGUUCUAUACCGGACAAACUUGGCUUUUGCCCACGCAAAGCAUGAUAAGUUGAAAGUGAUAUAUCGGCGAUUUCACAAAUUGUUAAUGAAUAAUAACUUCGGUUAUCCAAAGUGUUUACCUUAACAACAAAUUAAAUGUAAUUAAAAAAUUGAAAAACGUAAAGGUUACACACAUUAUGCACACUUAAAUUUGCUCUUUCCACUAGCUCUCCAUUGUUAAUAAAAAUUGAUGUCCCUCCUAAGGGAGACAACUAAAAAAGGGAUCUCUAAUUACAGGGUCAAUUACGGGAAUUGGCAAACAGACUUUUCAGACUAAUAUAAAAAUGAAAAAUGUGCAAUAAAAUGACAAUAUGUCUUCAUCAAUAUAAUUGUGUGUAAUGUUUUAAAAUAUGCUUGUUGAAAUUGUGGGUGUGAUAUUUUUUUACUAUCCUGUUUUUGUUUAAUUGUAUUUUUAAUUGUAUUUUACGUUUUACUUACAAUAAACAUCAAUUAUU